AUGGCGGCAACAAUAGCAACAAUGGCCAUCCUCAAUGCCAAGUGCUUGAGCCCGAAGAACUCCAACUCCAAUGCCAAGCCUCUCUCAAAGCCCAUGUCUCUCCUCUCCAUGCAAAACCUCCCAAAGGGGCUGACCACCGCAAAGAAUUCAUCGGCUUCAGUUGCCGGCCAGAGCUUGGCCCUGGCCGGGGCCAUCUUCUCGGGCUUAGCAUCGUCUGAAGCGGCCAUGGCUGCCCAGCAGAUCGCUGAGAUAGCUGAGGGGGACAACCGGGGGAUCGCCCUCCUCCUGCCCAUCAUCCCAGCCAUCGCUUGGGUUCUUUUCAACAUACUCCAGCCAGCGCUGAACCAGAUCGACAGGAUGAGGAGCACCAAGGGGUUGAUCAUAGGGAUUGGGCUUGGUGGACUGGCGGCUUCCGGGCUUUUCUCCGCCCCAGAGGCCCAAGCUAGUGAAGUGGCCAUGCUAGCUGAAGCUGCAAAUGACAACAGGGGACAGCUUCUUCUCUUUGUCAUAGCCCCAGCAAUCCUAUGGGUUCUCUACAACAUUCUACAGCCAGCCUUGAACCAGCUCAACAGGAUGAGGUCUCAGUAA